GUCAGUUUGGCUUGCGCAGGUGGCGUUGUCGGUUUAUACCCGUCACGCAUGCGCGCGCAGCUGUGAGGUGGCUGAAUGAACAUUGACAGCUCAGUAAAAUAAUUUCAUUUACGAUUUAUUUUAUAUAAUAAAAUUAAAUCAAAUAUUAAAACAAACUUAGGCCUUUAUUACUGAAUAGUGGUUCUAAGUAUUGACAUUGAGUAUAUCUAGUCGGAUGUUGUUAAAAAAAAAUAAAGAAAAAAUCGAUUGAAUAUAACGACUGUGCAUUUUUUAUUUGAUUUUUCGUGAAGAAAAUCAACUGUUAGUUUUGCAACAAGUGCCGUAGUGUCCGGUGUUGGUGCUCAUGAAACUGGUUUGUGAACCGUUGGUUGGCUUUUUUGUGUUUAUGUAUAUUUGUGAAGUACGUAUAGUUUCGCGAGUGAUCGUGCUCCGUUAAUGAUGCUGGAAGUGGAUGCAAGUGUCUGCCACCGAGUCAUCUCCGCAUGAUUAAUUACGCGUGGCCUAAUCGCGGUGAUUAGCGGCGCUGGCGGUGAUCGAAUGAUGAACGGGGUCGGCGACGGCUCCAGCGCCCGGCACCGCCGAUAUGGCAGCGCUCUCUUGUUACCAGCCGUGCCGUUCGCACCUCGCGCAGCCCGCUAGAUGUCUGGACGAGGAAGACUGUCGGCAGACAUCAGCGACGUUAUCACUUCGCCGCCAACAGUUCAUCGAACGAUGCCACGAGGCUCGCGGAGUGCGUCACCGCGACAUCAUCCCUGAAGUGUCUGUAAAGAAGACGAGGGAGGAGCUUGCCAAGCAUGCGUCACAAACCCUACCGCUGAACCGCCGGCUCAACGUUGAGUCUGGCUGGUCGAAAGUCGAAGAGGUCCGCAAGAAGUUCGAGGGAGUGGCCACGGCGACUUCAUUUUCUAGAUCCUUCGAGUCACCUCCAAGACGUCGAUUGGCUGACUCCCUGUUCGCAAGCUUCAAGCUACCUCGCAAGAAGGACGGCAUGUCUGCACCGCGCUCGCUCGCGCCGCAACCGCAGCAAAAACGCAAGUCCGCCGUCGAGCUGCUAGCAGAGACCAAAGCAUUUUACGUUAAGUCCGAAACCGUGCUGGAUCGGAAACAAGAGUUACCGUUGAGGAUGAGUAGCGGACUAGGUCAGGCAAUAGCCGCGGGCGGCUGCCACCUAGUCAGCUCUGGAACCCUCAACAACGACGCUUGCUGUAACCCCUAUGCAACGACAAGAAGUAUAAGUAGUACACGACGGGCUGUGAGCGCGGGCGAAGGACUCCAGAACACGUUAAGACGGCUCUUGGAGCACGCGGACAGUAGGGAGAACGUCUACUCGCCUGCUUACGUUUCCCACAAAAUCUAUGCUGACACGAGACGCCUUAAAGAUUCCUAUCCCGAACGGGAGCAUGUUCGGUCACAACACAACUCGGGGACAUACUCGGGAACGUUUUCCGGCACGUCAUCCUCGGGGACGUCCGGUUCUAAAGCGCACAAAUCGGACCCAGAUCAUAGAGAAAAGAUUAACAGACCGUUGAGUUUUGGAGAUGCUCGGGUCUUUUUCCCUGAGUCGUUCAUCAUACCCCGUCAGAGGCCUAGCGAAGUUGUUAUUAAGAGUGCGUAUUCUAUACCGAGCUCCCACUCGAGUCCACAAAACAUAGAGUUGCCAGAGCCGGUAAUGAGUGGCGAGGGCUCGCCGGCUGAGCAGCUGGGUGCCAUCAGCCCGCCCGCGCAGUACGCACACUCCGCACCCAGAUACGUCAGGUCAAACUCCCACUCGCAGCCGAGCGUGCGAGAAGAGGACAGCUGUAAUAUCAACAGCCAUAAAUCUUUGCCUGAUCUACACACGCAGACGCGCUGUUACCCUGAACACAUGAAUACGAGUGAAAUCCACACGAUGGGGUCGAUGGGCCGGUCGCCGCGGCGGCGCCGCCACUCGGGCCACCAGCGCACCGCGUCCUGCUCCUCCAAGGGGACCAGAUCCAACCAUUCCUCGCUGCUGUCCUCGUGCGAGGCCUUCUCCGAGCACCCCUCGCCUGGUGACGACAAUUAUCACUCGUAUAACAGCCGGUGCGGGUCGUCGUUCGCGCGCGACUCGGGCGGCUCGAGCGGCCACUACACGCAGCGCAGCGCGCCGCCGCACGCGCACGCGCACGCGCACGCGCACGCACGCGCCAUGCGCACCGACUCCGGCUCCUCCACGCAGCACGACCAGGCCAGUCGAUACAACUCGUACUACCCUGAGUACGGGCGCGGCGGCGGCGCCGAGGGCGAGCUGGAGUGCUACGUGUCGGCGCCGCCGCAGUUCCAGGACGGCGCGCCCUCGCCGCCGCCCCCGCCGCCCCCGCCGCACCCGCCGCACCCCCUGCCGCCGGCCCCGCACGCCCACCACCCGCCAGUGUACUCCGCGCAGCCCACCGUCGGGAUACACUUCCAAGCGAGCGCCCCUCCCCCUCAGUUCCAAGACGAGCCGCCUAUGUACGACUAUAGAGACUACGAGUGCACCUAUAAGGCGCCACUCAAGUGCCUCACCGUCGGCAGGAAGGAAUACAGUUCUAGAGAUUACAACAGGUACCACGAGCCUAGCACGGAACUGAUAAGCAAGCAGCCACAGUACCAGGAGGUGCGCAUGCGGCCGCGCGCGGACGAUACCCAGGAGUACGUUAACACUACACAGAUAUGUCCACCGGAGGAGGUGACGUCACCGCUUGGUACGUUUAAACGACAACGGUGCCUGCGGUACAAGCAACGUCGACCAAGGCCAAUACUACGUUCCAAAUCCGAUAUCUCUGAUAGAUAUAGGCGCACGGACGGCCGCAGCCCCGCGUCAGCUCCCUGCGAAGGCGAAGACUCCCCCGACAGCCCGUCAGAAGAGUCAACGCGACUACAGCACUUCUUCGAGCGGCUUGGACUCGACGCGAGACAGUACGAGGCUCUUGUCAGGGACUCGGCCUCUGAGAGUCCUGUUUUCUUUUCAUCAGCGUCCACGGUGGACUCUAAUCAGUUGGCCGCCGCCGCGGAUUAUACGGUACAAGGACCAACUGUACAGAAACAAAUUUACAGAAAUACAGAGCCCCCUAGUGUGGUGGAGAGGAACGCACGUAUUAUUAAAUGGCUCUGCCAAUGCCGAAAGACACAGAUGCAGCAACCGCAAUGAAACUAAAUCAAGACAGUAGUUUAAAAUAACCCCACUUAACAUUUAUAUGGCAUAGACUUUUUCAUUUAUUAAGCUUUGGCCAGAGACCAUCAUCCAAUGACAUAGACUAAAAAAAAUUUAAAGUUGAUCCAUGUUAAAUUUUAGAAUAAUGUAAUUUUUUCGGUACCAAAAUAAGACGUUCUAUUUUUGAACUAUUUUUUAUCAAUGACAACUAUACUCUACGCUUUAGUCAACGAUUUUUUUUUAAGAGAAAUUAAGAGAAACUUCGUAUCGAACAUGCUACGAUUUUCGGUCUACUACGAAAAUAUCGACUAAAAUUCUUUUCUGUGCGCGACUAUAAAAAAAAAACACAUAAAUAAAUGAAGGAACUAAUUAAUACUAAUUAAAAGUAAACAUUUAAACAAAAUUAUCUUUCGCCUAUUUAGUCAACUCGAACUGGUUAGUAUUCUAAAUAUAGUGAAAUAUAGAAACAAAUAUAUUGAUAUAGUAGAUUACUUCUGUUGAACAGAAAAUGUGUUCAGAUGGCUGGCAGAGACAUUGGAGUAUCCUUUUUCUCAAAAUAAUAACUCGAUUAAGUAUCAUACUAAAUCGAGUACGAUAAACAAUUAAAGGCAAAGCAAAAAAUAUUAAAGGCAAAGCUAUCGACUGCUGGUAAUGCGAUACUAGUUCAUUAGGUAGUUUAAAUAUAAUUAUUAAAUAAUUAAUAUAAGCUAAUGAACUGUACAUGUAGAAACAGACGAAUCUAUUAAAAGACGCAAUAUGAUAUUAUAAUUUUUUAUUAAAUUUUUUUCUUACGAAGUAUUGAUGUAUCAAUAUUAGCUAUACUUACAUAAUAAAUAACACCCAAUAAUAAAAGGACCACAACAUAAUUAUGUACCUAUAUACUUAUAUGUAACACCUAUCUAUACCGCUCUUCCAUAAUAUGACUUUAGAUCGUAUGAUCUAAGCAUGCAGCGACAAAUGUACGUAACGCGCGUUCUUACAGCCAUUUUCUUUUUGACGUGACGUCACAUAACCUAAAAAUCUAUGAAAGAAAUUCUAAAUAGGUAAUAACUAGUGCAGGACUAACAAUAAUAGAUACAAAAAUUAUUGAAUGAUAGACACCUCACGUCAAAUUAGUUGAUACAACCGUCUACCGAAGUUAACAUACGUCUGUAGAUGUACACAUAUAAAACAAUACCCAAUUUUUGCGCAGUUGUGUAAUAAUAGUGUCUCGUUUUUUUUCAAACAUCUGAAUUCAGUACCUACUUGAUAUUAAUAUAUAUUUUUCAUAAUAACUAUGUACAACUCGUGAGCUUAGUCGUAAGAUAUAAAAACACGUUAUUUUGAAUUAUAAAAAUUCCCUUAUUGGUUUCUACUGUAUCAAAUUAGGUGCUAAAUACUCAGAACGAAGAGUUUUUUAUUUUAUUAUUCAUUGACAUUAUACAUUUUUAAGUCUUCUUGUUUUUCCUACCCUUAUCCCAAUUAUUACAUUGGGUUGGAGUAAUACGUUUUAUAUCCAUAUUAAAAAAAGAUUUGGCUUAGGUUUGCGACCGGCCACCUGUAUGACGUCAACCCUCGUUGGGAACAUUUUUAAAAGUAUCGAUCAAUAUUACCCAUAGAUAAAUUUCUUUAUCUUUUUUUUAAAUAAAUAUAAUAAAUACAGUA